AUGGCAGAUCGAUAUAGUGCCACUUUCGACAUGGAGUCAUAUGGAAACCGAUACCAAGCAACUAAUAGAACAGCCUCAUGUAUACAGCAACAAAGACGUCACUAUUUGAAUCCAAAUGGACCAUGUAUGGAAGAUUAUGAUCCGUCCAGGUUGAACCCUUCGACCUUUACUCCUACGGCUACCACUGGUAGGCGAGUGCCAUCUCGGCCUCAUCAAACUCUUUUGCCCUCAACAACCGGCACCGCAACGCUAUCAACACCUUCAAAAACUGCAGGCAUGCAGAAGAUGCAAUGUAUAACAGAUUUUGAGCCGUUGCCGAUAGGAAAUGCUGCUUUACAGCGUCUCAAUCCACCACACACCGUCGUUGCUACCAAUACAGUUGUUCAUCAUCAAACUGUCUUUACAACAAGCCUUGUUCCUGGUACUGCUUUGAAAGACAUGUUUGCCCCAAAGUCUAGUCCAAUUUCUGUUGAUCAUGGCGAUGAGGUCUGGCUGGAGAGGCUUGAGUUCACCGUUUCAGGGAUUUCAUUGGAGCCCAUGAAGGGAACAGCGAUUGUGAGUAGAAUUCAAUCUCGUGCUAACGAGGUAGCAACGCGAUACCUACCAUGUGUAGACUUUUUGGUACAAUGCCAGCAGGAACUGCGCAAGGGAUUAGCCCUGGCAACGAGGAAAAACGUAGUUCAACAAAUGUUUCGAGAUUCAAUGACUCCAAACCAAUUCUAUCGAAUAUACAUCGCAACAUUACCAACCAAGUUCUUCCAAAAGAACAAAGGACUCAUGGCUUCACAAAAUCUCGAAGCAGCAUUCAAGGAACUUCAAAAACUUUGCGAAAAUGCACAUGCGGUGCAAAAUCAGGGAUGUGAGGCUGUCAAGAACACAUUCCUUGGUGGAAUGAAGGAUGGAGAGUCCUGGGGGUUGCGGAAGUGGCUGUCAAAACAUGGUGGUGCUUUGCAGAUUUGCAACGAUUUUGAAUGCAUUCUAAACUCUUGCCAAAAGUUGGAUAGAUCAUUCGAUACAACACGGAAGCUCGGUGAACGGCUCCGGCCGACGGCGUCGCAAGCUUUAAAACGGUUGAAAUCCGAGGUCCCUCCCUCUUACCAGGAACAGAGUUCGGCGCACCCUUAUCUCCCUUUCUUCCACAGGCUCGAAUCCGCUUUGCGAGGAAUGUCGGAUUUUGACCCCGAAGAUGAUGAUGUAAUCUGCAUCGAUGAUGAUGAUGAGUUGGAAGCAAUCAAGUCCAGCGCUCCAACACAGACCAGUACCCACAAGAAGCGCAAAAUGGAAGCCAAGGCUGAUACGGACUAUGCACUGGAUGCUGUAGCGAAAACGUCCGAGGAAGACUUUGUUGUAGAAAUUCUUGACAUCAAGCCAGCAGCGAAACGUAGCAAAACCACCUUUGAGGGUGACUCAGAUGAUGCUGAUUUCAUAAAGCUUUGGCGAAGUGUCGAAAAUGACGUCUCCACUGACUUUUUCAAUCAGGGUUUAUUUGAUUCUUCCCCAUUCGAGCAGAGGAAUGCCCUCGGCUUGGCUCGAAACUUGGACGAACUGGCUUCGAUGUUUGACAGCAAUCAGCACUGGACGAUACGUCCAAACAACAUCCCAUUGGAAGCCUUCUGGGAUGGAGCAGAGAAAUAUGCCUGUGUUUUGCGUUUGUUUUCAGAGCUGUUGAAAAGUCCCGAUUCAGCAGACUUUGUGGAUGCGGUGGAUCACACUCAAACCCCCUCUUAUGCACAUGUAGUAAAGCACCCAUUGUGCUUUCGAGAUGUUGUAUCUGCACUGUUGGACGAUUCGGAAGCGGCAAACAAGUCACUUGUAGGCAAUACUGGUCAGCUUGUUGCACAAGGGCUUUCUUCUUGGAAUAUGUGGCGUGGCAAGGACUUGCUGCAGGCACUGGACCUUGUUCUUCUAAAUUCCCUGGCUUACGGAAGAGCGACGCAGAAGGGACAAAAUGGGAAUAGAUCACAGACAAAUAAGUUGCGGAAACAACUGUGGGUAGGGAUAAAGGAUGUUUUGGACACUCAUAUGGACGAAAUGGAUCAAGACCAAAGAAAAAGAUAUACUCCAACAAGGAGGGGAGAAACAAGUGGUUUUGUCAUCUACAAAGAUCGAUAG